GACGUACGCGUUCCCGGGAUCCAAGAUCCAAAUACAAAUACAAGAUCUCAGCUCCAAUAAAUCAAAGUGCCAGCCCAUCUGUCGCGGGAUCUCGGGCUUCACUGCGCCAAUAAGCAAAACCAAUUCAAAGGGAUGGGCCGCCAUAUUUGUCUGUGUCCAUUUAUGUUAUGGGCACAUGUUGGGACGAUAUCAAUUCGAUCGAUAAUCGUUUUAUUUUCCUAGGACUGCGCAACAAGGAUAACUAGCCGAUUCCAGAGCAAUGUUUUUCCAUCGAUGUUAUUUUUCCCAAUAGUUAUUCACCCAUGAGAAAACAACGCUAUACUUUGAAAUGCAACAAAAACUAUGAUCGCAAAACGAAUAAUAUCUGUGGUACCUUGUCUUGUAUGUUUAUGUGUAGUAGGGCUAUACGAUGCCUAAUUCAUCUGCUUAAAUAAUCCUCAAACAAUGUGUCGUUCAACGAUACAUUGUUUCAGCGUCGCAAUUAACGUUUGACACUUAUUUGAAAACAAUACUACUACCUUUAUGUUUAAACGUCGAGCCAACAUUUAUUUUUCUUUAAAGACAUAUUAAAUGUCCGUAACACUUUAGCCACAUGUCGGCCCUUUGCUUAUCGAACGCAUCGACCAAAUCUAUGUUUUAAAACUAAUCCGAACGUUUGGUUAACAAAAACGUAUAAAGGACCAAUCCUACGGAAGAAGCAUGCUCUGAAGUCACUAAAGAUGUAUUGCUGCAGACACCGAAAUCUCAAUUGUCACAUGUAGGCGGCGACACAGAGCACCCUUUCUGUAAAAACAACACCAUACCUACUCUGUCUUCGGUCUUAAGUGCUGUGGCACAUUUGAGUGACCAUGGAGUGCGUUUGCCGUCAUGUAGUUGAGCGUUAAUACGGCACGAUUGCUGGAUGAAGAAAACUUUUGUCUGGAUCAGGUCUGAAGCAAGUGGCGACAGUAGAAACAUGGCUGAAGGAGAUGUUCUGCACAGCAAAAUAAGGCUCCACGAUGGCAUUGGAAGUGUAAACAGCUCCGAGAGCUUCAGGAACGGUUAUGUGAAGAGCUGCGUCACCCCUCUCAAACAGGACCAUCAAAGGGGAUUUUUGUUCAACGUGUGCAGGUUUUGCAACGAAGACAUUCUCAAUUCAAAAUUGUUUAAAAUUUCAGCCCUUUAUGUUGGUGCAUUUAUAUUUUUUCUAGUUUCUUUUAUUUUUUCUAGGGGUUUACAAAGUGACUCGCUUUGGGAUUUGCGGACUUUUUUGUCGGGGUUCUCUCAAUCUAUCAGUCCUUUAUUCAGCAUAGGCUGUGCAUUCUUCUUUUUAACAUUUUAUCUGAGAAGGAAAAAGAAAGAAAGUAAUACCUGUUGGCUCCUAUCACUACCAGCAUCAUGUUUCCUUGGAGAUUUUUUGGUUUUGCGGUUUUUGCAAUGGGGAGAGGACCAACACCAGAUGCAAAUGGUGGGCAGGUUGUUGUUCGUGUUGGGAUGUGUAGGUCUACUUACACUGAUCCCGACUUUGAAACUCAAACACAGUAUUCUUAUACUGUUUUUUGCAAGCGUUGUAUGGUUGGUUUCGUUCACUAGUUUAACCGGCCUGCCUCCAUUAUUAAGGCCAUUCUUUGCUUGCUUUGCUGGGAUAUGUGGCUCACUGUUGGGACUCGGGUUUGACCAUUAUUACCCGUCGAGGGAAGUACCAAAUAGGAUUUCCAGCGCAGAGGAAAAGGUCCCAGUGAUCAGACCGAGGAGGAGGUCCAGUUGCGUUUCAUUGGGAGAGACGUCAACCAGCUAUUAUGGAAGUUGUAAGAUGCCCCGCAGACCCUCCUUGCCAUGCAUAUCAAGAGAACAGAUGAUCUUGUGGGACUGGGAUCUAAAACACUGGUACAAGCCACAGUACCAGGGGGCCGUGAGUGGCAACGGCGUGGACCUGUCGGUCAUCAACGAGGCCAGGAACCUGGUGUCGGAGCUGCUGACGGACUCCUCCCUGCCGCCCCACGCCUCCUCUUCGCUGCGCAGCGUCUCCAGCCUCAUGGGGACCUUCUCCGGGUCCUGCCGCCCGCGGGUCAACCCCUUCACGCCCUUCCCCGGCUUCUACUCCUGCGACCCUGUCGACGACUCGGCUGAGCGGCCCGACAGGAAGUCGUUGAAGGGGCUGAACAGCCGGAACAGCCUACCUACCCCACAGCUCAGACGGGGCUCCACUUCCUCAGCCCUCCCUCCUCUCGACUCUGCCUCCUUGCGUUGGGAGCGCAACAGUGGCAAGAGAGCCCAUCCUGACAUGAACCUGACCAGCUCAGGGUCUCUGUCCAACGGACCCAAUGCCAACCUGCUGACCAUCCCCAAGCAGAGAUCAUCCUCCGUCACCCUCACCUACCACGCAGGCUCCCGAAGAGCAGGGGUGUCCCCCAGCCUGAGCCCUCUGGCGUCUCCCAUGCACAGCCCCGCUACGGCGGGCCCCCCCUCCACCUCCUCCCUGCUCCUGAGCCGCUCCUCACCCGUGGAGUUUCCAGACACGGCCGACUUCCUGACCAAGCCCAGCGUCAGCCUGAGCACGCACAAGCCCAUGGACUUCCAGCAGGCCUACCGUAGCGCCACCGCGUCGCUCUGCACCAGCUGUGGACGUCAGAUGGCGAAGGGAGCGUCCAGUGGAGAUGCUGGAGAGAGCCAGCAGCCCCACACAACCGAUGCUCAACGCAGACGCUCAGCGUGUGAAAGUUUAGAGUUCACGGUGGAGGCGCUGAUCAGGGAGGAGAGCGGGGAGGCCAAGGCCUCCGCAGAGAGGAGGUCCGGCGUGGGGGACCAGGGGCCGGCUGAAGAGGAGAUGGAGGAGGUGGUGGAGGAGGAGGAGGAGACCCCCAGCACAGCGCUCCAGACGCUCCAUUCAGAGGGUAACCAGGAGUUCCAACUAGACCCCCUGCUGGAAGAGCACCACGCCCUCAUGGAGCGCAUCAACAGCUGGAACUUCCAGAUCUUUGACUUGGUGGACCGAACUGGAGGGAAGACGGGGCGAAUACUAAGCUAUGUGACGUACACCCUGUUCCGAGAUACGUGUCUGUUUGAGAUCUUUAAGAUCCCUGUGAAGGAGUUCAUGAUGUACUUUUGUGCCCUAGAGGACGGAUACAGGGACAUUCCUUAUCAUAACAGGGUCCAUGCUACUGAUGUGCUCCAUGCGGUCUGGUAUCUGACCACUCGGCCAAUCCCUGGAUUCCAGCAGAUCCACACUGAACAUGUGACCGGAAGUGACACAGACUCAGACAGCGGCAUCUCACCCGGCAGGGUGUCCUAUGCCUCCUCCAAGAGCUCCUCUAUUUCGGAUGACAGCUACGGCUGCCUGGCCUGGAACAUCCCCGCCCUGGAGCUCAUGGCCCUCUAUGUAGCAGCCGCCAUGCACGACUACGACCACCCAGGUCGCACCAACGCCUUCUUAGUAGCCACUAACGCAGCACAGGCGGUGCUGUACAACGACCGCUCGGUGCUGGAGAACCAUCACGCGGCCUCCGCCUGGAGCCUCUAUCUGUCCCAGCCCCAGUUCAACUUCCUGCUCAACCUUGACCACGUGGAGUUCAAGCGCUUUCGCUUCCUUGUCAUCGAGGCCAUACUCGCCACGGACCUCAAGAAGCACUUUGACUUCCUGGCCGAGUUCAAUGCCAAGGUGAAUGAUGUAAACAGUCCAGGUAUCGACUGGACCAAUGAGAACGACAGGCUGCUAGUGUGCCAGGUCUGCAUUAAGCUUGCAGACAUCAACGGACCGGCCAAAACCCGUGACUUGCACCUCAAAUGGACAGAAGGCAUCGUCAAUGAGUUUUAUGAGCAGGGGGAUGAGGAGGCCAGCCUGGGGUUACCCGUCAGCCCCUUCAUGGACCGCUCCUCGCCACAGCUGGCCAAGCUGCAGGAGUCCUUCAUAACUCACAUUGUCGGACCGCUGUGCAACUCUUACGAUGCUGCAGGCCUCCUCCCUGGUUACUGGAUCAACGAAGAGGAAGGGUCAGAAGAUGAGGAUGAAGAGGGGCCGGUAGACACAGAUACCGACGAAGAUGAGCUCGAUGAGGAACUCUCGCCAAAGAGAAGGAAGGGUCGGCGCAGGUUGUUCUGCAACAUCAUGCAGCAUCUGACGGAGAACCACAAGGUGUGGAAGAAGACCAUAGAGGAAGAGGACAGGAGCAAGGACCUGGGCAAGCAGCAGCAGCAGCAGCAGCAAGAGCGCCUGCCCCCCUGCCUGCCCCCCAAUCAGCCCCCCAGUCUGCCGCCCAGCCUCCCCUCCUCCCCUUCUGAUGACAUCCAGGUCAUCCAGGAGGAGGAGGAGGGAGAGGAACGUCAAUAGAGGGGGACAAAGGACAGAUGAAGAGUGAGAGAGGCUAACAAAGUGUUGCCCAAAAAACGCUCUCUGCCUUUCACCUAACAAACUCAGCUCCACGUAUACGAUAUAUUGUUCACACAAACACACAAGAAUUACACUAUCAUUCACACACACAUUAAACAAACACAGACACACAAACAAAAACACAGAUUAUAGUCUCACGCAUACACACACACACACACACACACACACAUGACACACCCUUCACUGUGCUGACAUGUUGAUGAGUAAAACACGGCCUUACUACUGUGAGCGGACCCCUGCUGUGAUGGCGGGAGCCCCCACUCCUAUGCACUUUCACCCCCCGGAGAGUCAAGGGCUCCCUGGGGGAAGGAAAGCACCAGAACUCUCAGUGAUUGGUGCAAACAGAGAGACAGAUCAGAGAGAGGAAGAAUUCCUCGCUGAAAUGCUGCCUUGAUUGCAGAACGCUUAACUCCUAACCCCCCUUAGGUACAAAAAAAAAGAACUCCGUCUAACAAAAACUUAAAGUUAUGUUAAGGAAAAUCAUGAAUAAGGAAGUGAUUGACAAGUGUACCAAAGUGAACAGUUUGAAACAUGGGAAGAGCAGAGACGGAGAGCCUCCAUGUCAGGUAUAUUUUAGACUUCUAUAUCAAAUGUGCCUGUCUGAACAUAUACCGAGUCCUCAUUGAGUCCACGUUGGCCAAAAUCCUGGGCUUGUGUAGUUCUCUCCCCUUGCUGGUGACACGAAACACUGUAUCAGAGUCAGUCACGAAGACUAUAUGAAUUGUUGACUGACAAAUAGCAUUAUAUCUGCAUCAUUUUGGAUGCUUUUACUCAUGUGUACCACCUGCCUUUUGUGUUGGAUUCUCUAUUCCGUUGCCUCUUUUUUUUUGUCUGUGUGAAUGUUUCGUCUUUGUGCAUGCAAUUAAGCAAGCGUGUGUGUGUGUGUGUGUUUGUGAGGGAGUGUGUAAGCGGUUGUGUCUGUCCUUGCACGCCUGGAUGUGUGUGUGUGUCUGCGUGUGUGUGUGUGUGUGUGUGCAUGCGUGCGUCCGUGUAUGUGUUUUCCUCUGGUGUUUUAACAUGUUCCAGUCAGAUUCGGAGUGCUAUUUCAAUGAAGGGAUUCUGUUUUUAUUUUAACUACAAGUAUUUUUUAAGGGUAACUCAGGAUUCAAGCAAAGUUUAAUAAUUAUUUUGCAAAUAUUAUUGUCAUGGGUGUUGAAUACACUUUUAAAUCAAAGAAAAUUUAAUCUGGAUGACUGAAGUAGUUUUUAAUCUUUUUAUGAACAACUUGGAAACAGCUACAAAUUGAAGCACUUGAACUGAUCUUUGGCGGAGGAGCUAGUGUGCCGACUAUCUGACACAAACUGUUUGCAUCCAUUCUAAUGUCGGAGGCGGAACGCUUCUCUUAAGUGUCAGCAGGAUGUACAUUAGGGGAUUUGCAGCAACGUUCCAUGGUUCGGCAAACCAUGUAACGGUAUAACCAUGAGGUUGGUCGUUGGUUUCACUGUUGUUUGCACAGGUUCUGUUUUCUUUCACAUUACUACCCCAUCAUUGAAAUUUUAGUGAAUCAGCACACUGAUAUUUAGACAAGCUUUUUCAUCCUCUCACUCCAACUGUCUUUUGCUUUGUCUUUUUCUUUGGCUUUCUUUCUUUGUUUCUCUCAAUCAUGUUGCGUCUGUCCUGCCAACCCGUGACCCAGGCCAGUGUGUACAGAAGAGAACCAGAGAUUCUCUUUCCAUCUGGUUUGGUUUUUAGCUGUGUUGAUUGAUUGUUUUUUUUUGUGAUGUGUGACUAGACGGGUGUAAAAACCAACAAAUCAACAAAUCCCAACCACAUUAGCUCUCCACUUUUAUCCGUAAAAACUUUCGGCAUUCCACUGAAACAAGACAUUUAAUUACAUACAGUUAGUUAAAUCCUAGCCUGUACCGAUAGCCCAUAAUUGUAUCAUCAUUUUUUGAGUAUGAAAUAUAAUUCAUUAAAGUAAUAUUCUAAUGACAAAAAUAGGUAGUGUGCACAUUUUAAUACCAAACAAGUAUUUAGCCUCUGCACAAAAACAGUAUGUGCAUAUAAAUAUGCUGUGUUUUUGAAUUAAUCACCUGAUUGCAUCUGUUUUGUACAUGCAGCUGGUAUACAUGUAUUGUACAUUGAGUCCCUGUAAUUACCUUUUUUCUUUUCCGCAUUUUUAUGUUCAAUCUAUUUCCGGGUCUUCAACUGUGGGUUAUAAUUUUUUCUUUUGGUGUUCUAUAUUUCGGCUUUGUUUGAGCAUUUCAGCAUCUCCCUUCUUUGUAUCAUAACCACUCUGGCCCUCGUUGUUUUUCUAUCACUGUUGUCUUAGUGUCAGUCCAGUCAACCAAUUGUCAACUUGACCCCUUUUAUUGGCUGAGGGACGUAAACGACACAUGUAGUCACAUAACCAUGAGGCAUGAGUCAGAGCUGGGGUCAACAUAGUGUGUGUGGCAGCAGCUCGGUGCACACUCUACGCAGAUAAGCCCUCACAGCCUCCAACCAGCCCAUCUGUCACUAAACUCGUGAUGUUAAAAGUUGACCAUUUGUUGGCCCCUCACUGUGCCCACCGCACAGUGUCCUCUGAUUGGUUGUGCCAUAAAUUCAUCUACCGAUGGCUGUUCACCCUUAUGUAGCAUUCAGAUGUGUGCAUUUAUUUAACGUAACAAUUCACCCAUAUCAAUGUUGUUGUUGGAGAAGGGGUGAUUUUUGUUAUUUAUAGCUUGUCAUAAACCACCAUCCAAGUAUCUGCAGUUCUCUCUUUUCUUUGUUUCAGUGUGUG